ACACAUUAUUGAAACCAAGAUUUAUACAGUGUAUCCCAAUUAUCAUUGCUAUCCAAACUAAUUCCCCAAAAACCGCCGCCAUCGCCGCCGCCGGCGGUGAAACGUUGAAUACGUGGAAGAAGGCAAGGCGGAUCUCGUCGAAAAGGCCGGCGCAAUAACAGAUUCAUCUUUCUACACACAGAACCACUCCAAAUAUCUAAGCCACGAUGGAUCUGGUGAAGGCAUCAAUGAAUGGCGCAACCAACGUAGAAGAUAUGGCUACGGUUGAUGAGCUGUUCUCGAAGGUUGAGCAACUUGAGCAAAGAGUAAAUGAAGUUGAACAGUUUUACUCAAAUGCAACUACAAAGCAACCAAGCACUUCCAGAAACACUUCGAAAGUAAAGGAGAAGGAAAAGGAAAAGGAAAAGGAAAAGGAGAAACAUGUUUUUAGCAUGAAAAGACUACAACAGGAUGCUUCACGUAGAGAAGCUGCUGCUGCUAAGAGAAUGCAAGACCUUAUGCGCCAGUUUGGAAGUGUAUUUCGUCAGAUCACGGGGCUGCAGAAGUUGGCUUGGCCCUUUAUGCACCCAGUAGAUGUUGCAGGACUUGCGUUGAAUGAUUACUAUAAGAUCAUUGACAGACCAAUGGACUUCAGUACUAUAAAAAACCAAAUGGAAACCAAUGAUGGUACUGGAUACAAGCAUGUCCGCGAGAUAUGUGCUGAUGUGCGAUUGGUUUUUAAAAAUGCAAUGAAGUACAAUGAUGAAAAGAGUGAAGUUCAUAAAAAGGCAGUGCGAUUACUUGAAAUUUUUGAGGAGAAGUGGCUAAAGUUUUUGCCAAAAGUUACAGAAGAGGAAGAAAGACAAGAACAGGAGGAAGCUGAAGCAAAAGCAAACAUGCAGCUUGCUCUGGAGGCUUCUCAUGCGAAGCUGGCCAGGGAUAUAAGUACUGAGCUUUAUGACAUUGAUAUGCAUAUAGACGAGCUCCGAGAAAUGGUUGUUAAACAGUGCAGGAACAUAACUAUAAUGGAAAAAAGAAAGCUAGGAGUUGCUCUCGCCAAUUUAUCUCCUGAAGAUCUCAAUAAGGCACUGGAGAUCAUAGCUCAAGGUAACCUCGACUUCCGAGCAAAUGAUGAAGAGGUGGAGCUUGAUAUCAGUGCUCAGAGUGAAUCAACGCUGUGGAGGUUGAAGUUUUUCGUGAAUGACAUACUAAAAGAACAGCCUGGAGGUUCGAGCAAAGAUGCCAACAACAAUAUCUCCUCUCCAAAUGCUGCUGACAACGAUCAUAAUAUCAUCUCCAAGCGUAAGCGCUGGAGUUGUGAUGCUCUGGCCAAGACUGCCAAGAAUAAUAUCACCUCGCCAAAUUCGCCUGACAGCGAUCAUAACAUCAACUACAAGCGCAAGCGCUAAAAUUGUGAUGCCCUUGCCAAGACUACCAAAAAACGGAAGACAGAGCCUUCGUUGUAGUGCACAUAAACAGAGUCUAACUCGAAGAUAGACGGACAACCAUACAAGUAGCAGAUGACUGAGGGCUACUUUGGAAUUUGAGGGCAGCUGCAGAAUCUGACCUUUGAAGCCUCGCGGUAUGGUGAAUUCCCAUACCGCCCUUGUGAUUUUUCCUUGAAUUAGUUUUAUUAAUUCUUAGGAUAUUGCAAUGACUACAAUAAAUGACAAGAGAUUUGGCUAUUUGGGUUUGUGUCUCUGUUCUUGAUUUGUCCAUGAUGGGAUUUGGCUAUUUAGAUUAAAGUGUAACGUGUCAUGGUACAUUACGAUAAAUUAUAAAAUUACAAUUCGCAUUUAGGUUGAA